UUGGCCCUUCUAGCCUGCCGGCUCUCCCCCUCCCCGCCCGGUACCAAGAUGGCGGCAGAAGCAGCUGGUGGGAAAUACAGAAGCACUGUCAGCAAAAGCAAAGACCCCUCGGGGCUGCUCAUCUCUGUGAUCAGGACUCUGUCUACCAGUGAUGAUGUUGAAGACCGAGAAAAUGAGAAGGGCCGCCUUGAAGAAGCCUAUGAGAAAUGUGACCGUGACCUGGAUGAGUUGAUUGUACAGCACUACACAGAGUUGACGACAGCCAUUCGCACAUACCAGAGCAUCACAGAGCGCAUUACCAACUCCCGAAAUAAGAUAAAGCAGGUGAAAGAGAAUCUGCUUUCUUGCAAGAUGCUGUUGCACUGUAAACGGGAUGAGCUCCGGAAAUUGUGGAUUGAAGGAAUUGAACACAAGCAUGUCCUGAACCUGCUGGAUGAAAUUGAGAAUAUCAAGCAAGUGCCUCAAAAGCUGGAACAGUGCAUGGCCAGCAAGCACUAUCUCAGUGCCACCGACAUGCUGGUGUCAGCAGUGGAGUCUUUGGAGGGCCCCCUGCUCCAGGUGGAAGGACUGAGCGACCUGAGGCUGGAGCUUCACAGCAAGAAGAUGAACCUCCACUUGGUUCUCAUAGAUGAACUGCACCGGCACCUGUACAUCAAAUCCACCAGCCGAGUUGUGCAGCGUAACAAGGAGAAAGGGAGAGUGAGCUCCCUUAUAAAAGAUGCUUCUCCCGUUCCUCUGAUUGAUGUUACCAACCUUCCUACUCCUCGAAAAUUCCUCGAUGCCUCUCAGUUUUCUACUCCUGGAAGCUCAAGUGUCAAGGAGGUAAACCUGCAGGACAUCAAGGAGGAUUUGGAGUUGGAUCCAGAGGAGAACAGCACCCUUUUUAUGGGCAUCCUCAUCAAGGGGCUGGCCAAACUGAAGAAGGUCCCAGAGACCGUUAAGGCAAUCAAAGAACGCUUGGAGCAGGAGCUUCAGCAAAUUGUGAAGCGGUCUACGACCCAGGUCGCAGACAGUAGCUAUCAGAGAGGAGAGAACCUCACCGUGGAGAACCAGCCAAGGCUACUUCUAGAACUGCUGGAGUUGCUAUUUGACAAGUUUAACGCUGUAGCCACUGCACAUUCUGUGGUCCUGGGGUACCUGCAGGACACUGUUGUGACCCCGCUGGCCCAGCAGGAAGAUGUCAAAUUGUACGAUAUGGCGGACGUGUGGAUGAAGAUCCAAGAUGUUCUGCAGAUGCUGUUGACCGAGUACUUGGAUAUGAAAAAUACUCGUACGGCCUCUGAACCAUCAGCUCAACUAAGUUAUGCCAGCACUGGCCGAGAUUUUGCAGCCUUUUUUGCCAAGAAGAAACCUCAAAGGCCAAAAAAUUCUCUUUUUAAGUUCGAAUCCUCCUCCCAUGCCAUCAGUAUGAGUGCCUAUUUGCGAGAGCAGAGACGGGAGCUCUACAGUCGCAGUGGAGAACUUCAAGGGGGUCCUGAUGACAACCUAAUUGAAGGUGGAGGAACAAAAUUUGUCUGCAAACCUGGAGCCAGAAAUAUUACUGUCAUAUUCCAUCCAUUAUUAAGCACUGGAGCCAUUGUUUCGAUGGAAAGGAGUUUUCUGUAUCGCCUGAUGGAGAGGACAGAUCACUGAAUGUGGGCUGGGGGUGGGUAGGAGUGACCACAUUUUAAUUUUUUAUGUUGGCCAAAUUCCUGUGUGUCUUAGUUUUCCGUGUCUAUAAAAUAAAGGAGUUGAUUGGUCUGGAUUUUGCUUUCUACCUUUCAAAAGUUUGUGCUUUUGUGACUGGGACGUGCUUUUAUAAUAUUUAAGGACUCCAAAGGCCUGACAUUUUAAAACUUAAAAAUCCAAAUGACAAUGUGUUUCUUUUUGCUUAUUUGCUUCAACUAGCUUUUGAAAGACAUUUGGCUCUUUAGGGUAAUGACCACUUUGCAUAUAUGAAGUAUGUUUCUUAUGAGACAGUUGAAGAACAGAUGUUUGCAGUUGGGGUGACUUGGCAGAGGUAAGAGGCUGGAGACAGAGUGGAUGAUGAUGGUAUUUAAGUUGCAGAAAUGUCACCGAUGCUUCCUCUGUUGAACACAGCUCGAAUAUUGAAUAUCUGGGCCGUGAGCAUUUUUCACUAUUUAUUAUCAGCCACACUUCAUUAAAACCAGACAGCAAUUAAAGGCUCUCUGGGUAGAACAAAAGAUGAAAUAUUCAUUGGUCAGUAAGGAGCAGGUUGGCAUUUAGAUUAGUUAGGGGGAUGAAACUUCUUGGCAGCUUGGGCUUUGGUGGUGGUCAGAAUUUCUGUGGUUGGCUGUGUGCCAUUCUGAGGGCACACAGCAGUAGGAGCGAGUAAUCGUAAUCCUAAUAUCUAAUCAUAUUUGUCUCCGAUUACAGAGAACAGUAACUUCGAAAAGUUAAUCUCGUCAGAUGUAGCAACAGCCAGUUAGCAGCAGCUUGGGUAGGGGCAGUUAGGGCUGUGAAAUUGCUUUGAGACGCCUGUGAUUGUUAACGCAGGGCUUGAAGUCGGGAGGUCAGGAAGUGGUUGAAACCAAAGCUCGGACAGUGAAAGGCACUGAAAUUGAUGAUGCCAUUAAUGCAGCAGGUCAGGUUUCUCAACAUGAUAUUCCAAAGUAAAUGGCAUUUGUGAUUAACACUUGCAUUUUGUAUUUUUUUUUUGUUUUAUUAAUUAUAGUACUUAUCGCGUCGACAAUGCUGGUAGAUCAAAGGCAUAAAAAAUUCCUUGUGAUAAUUAAGCAUAAUAAAAAUCCAUUCGCUCAUCCAUUUAAUAAAAUUUAUUGAGCGCUUACUUGGUGCAACUCCUCUCCAUCUAGCAAGUAAUGAGUCUCUACCCUUGUGGAAUUUAGUCCAGUGGAAAAGUCAGACAAUAAAAUAGUAAACUAACACACAUGGGAAACAGUAUCAGGUAGUGAUAGUUUUAGGAAGAACAAUAGAUCAAAGUUAGGAAUUUGAAAAGUGACCGCUGGAGGUGAGGGCACUGUUUCAGGUAGGGUGGAGUAGGAAGGUCUUUCUGAGAAGAUGACAUUUGGUUGGACUGUGGAAAAUGAAGAGACGGAGGAAGCUGUGUGAAUAUCUGGGGCAGAGUGACCUGGGCAGAGGAGAUGGUGCGUGAAAAGGAAAAAGACGCGACGGUCGGGGAACAGUGAACAGAUGAACGUGAAGAGGGGUGUGUGUUGCUGUCGGGCAUGUGGGGGAAGAUAAGUACACAGGAUGGUCAAGGUAGAAACUUCUCUGUCUAAACAACAAAGAAGGCAUCAUGUUAGAUUUUUUAGAAGCUUUUGGGACUAGAUCUGAAACUUCCAGAAGUUCUGAAGGUUUAGAGAAAGCCCCACACAGUGACUAUCAGCAAAUACUCAUUCUAACACCUCAUCUUACUGGAUUUGGGGCACUCAGGAAGGCUUGUUUUCAGGAGUGAAGUCAUUAGCACGACUCUGUUUGGUAUGGUGAAAAUCUCUGUCCCUGCUGACAGUUGUGUCUCCUGAGACGGAAAAUAAGUCUUUUGUACGUAGCCCACUUUGAUGAUAUUAUCCAAAGAUAUUGAGCCAUUGUUAGUCUGCCAUCAGCUUAUCAACGUGUUAUUAAGGAUUUAUUCCGUGUGACAUUCCAGAUAUCUGGGAGUUUUUAAAGAACAGUUGUGGCCGAACUUGAGGCUGUUUCCCCGUAAAGGAGUAGUAUGCUUUGGUGGGCUGCUUUGUAGAGGGCCUGUGGGAUUUUUGUAACAAACUUUGCCAACAAAUCUAAUCUUUUUUUUAAUAGAAAAUAAUUCUGGGUGAUCAUAAACUACUUACGAAUCUUACAUAUAUUAGUUUAAACCUGGCCUAGCAUGGAAGAUCUUUUCAACUUUUUGGCACUAACUCUUGCUGAUUAGUGACUGAAUCUGGUUCAUUCAUUUUAGGCCAUUUUAGACCAUUUUAGGUCUACUGAACUCCAAAUCUGCAUUCCUAUAACAGCCUCGAUUUCUGCUUUUUGUGGUCUUUGUUUUCCUCACCUCCUUUCCUAACAUUACUUCCACCAUUCAGGAAGGAAAGUGGUUCAGAUGUACCUUUUACAUGAACGGGGUACACAAUAAAUAUUUGUUGGAAGAAUUAAUGUGUCGCCUGUAAGGGUACUUAGCAAAUGUCUAUUGAUUUGAAGUGAAUGUUUUUUUCGUCAGUUAACAAUAAAAAUAUAAAGGAAAAUUAUAUUUUUCUUUAGCGAUGUUACUGAAAUAGAUCAAUCUUUCAUACCUAGAAGUGGUAGGAUAGUGGGGUUUGUGUGUGUGUGUGUGUGUGUGUGUGUGUUGCCUCUGUGGGAAUAAGAAAGUGUCUGUUACAGGAAAUACACAAAUAUAAAGGUGAACUUAGAAAUUUCCUUUUUUUUUUUUUAACAUUGAUCCUAACAUACUACUCUUGUAACUUAGCUUCAUAGUUUGUUUCUUAUAGUGAUUUAUCAGAAACCUAGAUACUUUGUCCUUUCACUCUUUUUUCUCUUAUUACUACGUCAAAAGCUUAUGGUCGUACGAAGUGCUUUUGCCUUAUCAUUCUUUCAUGAAUUGUAGAAGCUCCUUCCAAGAUUAUAAAAACCAUUUCUUAUAGGAGAAGCCUUGCUUUAAAAGCUUUUUCAUUUAGCCUCUUCUGUUUCUGCUAGUUUUUUUUCUUCCCACUUUUAUUUAAAAAGUGUGCCAUAGUCCCUAGAUCAUUUUUUUGAUUAUAUAUGUAGUGUGUGUGAGUGAGUGAGUAUGUGUGUGUGUGUGUGUAUGUGUGUUAUGUGUGGUUUGUUUUGAAAGAGGGAGCUAAGCUUGAUUAUUUGGAGUAAGCAUGAAGUCACAAGCUGAAAUAAUUCUUUAGUCUUUCAUUUCCCAAUAUUUUUAUCUUUGAGAAAUGCACAAAAGUAGGGUACCCGUGUCAGUUUGAUGUGUGUGUUGGUAUUUGGCAGAAUAUUAUUCUGAGUGUUCACAGGUAUGUGAUAUUUUUAUACGGAUACAUGUUUGUUCUUAAUGAGCUAAAGCUUAUAUAGACAUUUUGAAAGAUGCUAGUGAUUAGACAGUCUAGCAAAUAACAUUGUAGAUCAUACAUUAUUCAUGCAUGGGAGGAAAUGUGGCUACCCUAUUGCAUUUUUAUGAAACAUACCUUUUUUUCCCCCUUGUCCUCAGAAUUAUGAAAAAUACUGCUAUGUUUUCAGACGGUCUGACCCGUGAAGGGCUGUGAAACACUGUCGUGGUACAUUUAGAUUUCAAACCCCACAGCUGAGAAACUGCUUUUGAAUUUACGUGAUAAAACAUUAAGUGUUUUUAAUCCUCAAAUUAACUUUCAGAGAUUCAACUGUAGUUUUCUUCCACUUUUGUGUUUCUAAACCAUGUUGCGUGAUACAUGGCUGCACACGGAUUGCGACUAACCGGCAGUUUUAUGUUACUGACCGCGGUGGAGAGACGAUCAAGGCGCCAAGCCAAAUAGCAAUGCACGUUUGAGCGACGACGUUAGGAGAAGUCAGGCAUGCCUGUCUGGUUAGGAGGAGAGCACACGCCGUUCCUCAUGAGAAAGAACUGGCAAUGUUUGUGAAAGCCAGAAGAAAACCAGAACGUUUGAUGCCUGUUUUCAAAUAUGUAAAUGUGCGUCACUUAAAAGGGAGAGAGUAGUUUGGGUUUUUGUCGCUUCACACAUCAGGGUUAGGACCAGUUAGUUGGUUGGAUGUUAAGGGGGUUGUACUCCCCACAACAAGAACUUUCUAAUGAAUUCGGCAAAAAUGGGAACGCUUUCCUUGGAAGACAAGACCCUUCCUGGAGAUGGGGCUAACUAUGUGCUCAGCUGUCAGGUCUGCGUUCUGUAGAUCGGGGGUUUCUGAUCCACUGUGCAGCUUCUGAGCCCCACCUCGAUCGAUUUCUUCCAGUCUCGCUCAUCUGGGUUACUUUUUUAUAUUGCAGUUUAAUGCUGAUGAUUGUCGUUGGCUAGGCCAAGGAGUUAUUGUAGACUUCUGCAUCAUUUCAUCACCUUUGUUCUUUCUGACACAGGGUAGGAAAGAGAUUCACAUGACGGCUGUUUGCAGAGCAGUGGUUAUAGAGUCUCCACCCUUCCUCCUUUUUGCUUUUUAUUUCUCUUCUCUUUUUUGUAUUUUGCUGAUUUUUUUUUUUUUUUUCCUGUGCCGGUAAUGGUUCAUGUGAGUAUAAGUUGACUCUUAGGGAUGUUUAAGGCAAAAAGAAAGCUGGCUCUCCUCUGCAGUCAGCUAACAUGGGACUAAAACUUAAUAAAUAAAUAAUAAUAAUAGGGGUGCCUGGGUGGCUCAGUUGAGUGGAUGUCCGACUUUGGCUCAGGUCGUGGUCUCAUGGUUCGUGAGUCAGGCCCUACGUCGGGCUCUGUGCUCAUAGCUCGGAGCCUGGACCCUGCUUCAGAUUCUGUCUCCCUCUCUCUGCCCCUCCCCUACUUGUACUCUGUCUCUCUCUCUCUUAUUUUUUUAAAUAAUAAAUGAAUAAUAAAAUAACAUUAUAAGUAAUGAACCUAAAAUCAUGCCUGCUGUUGAUUUUGACCUGGAUAUGCUGAUGUUUUUGGUACAGUGUUUUCUACUAAUUAAAUUUUAUAAUUAUCACUUAAUAUUAUUGGAAGCUUACAUAUAAAAGACAGCAGAGAAAAAUUGUUUUUUCUUUGUAAAAUAUUUACGUAAUUUGUGUGCUGCUUUUUACAUAUUCUGAACAUGUAUUUGUCCUGGGCUGUAGCAGCCAAAACAUGUCCAUUCAGCAUUCAUUGAAAUAUGUUUAUAUCCAGCCACAGGCCUAUUUACAUCUGAUUUUGAAACCUAAAUUGAUAAUGUAAUUUGGUAUCAAAAUAAUGUAGGAAUGCCUACAGGAAAAUCACAGUCUCCUAUAUAUAACUUCUAUUCCUUUGGGGGUGUGGGCUCUACAUUGCUUCUCUGUGUGAUUUGGCAAAUUAUUUUGCUGUUCUCCUUGCUUGCCCCUCAGAAGACUCUCUCUCCUGUCUGUCUGUCUGUCUCUCUCUCAUACACACACACACACACACACACACACACACACUCCUGUUCAUUUUGUUCUCUUAUUUCUGUUUUGUUUACUUUGUUUCCAGGGCUUCUGUAUAACACCCAAGGCUCUUCCUGGUCAUUUUUAACUUUUUUACUUUUAGUGAUUGUAAUUUGAACAUUUAAUCAUUAAUAUUGCCUCCUGUGUGUGUUUUUUUUUAAUCUGUAGUACUGCAAGUGAAAUAUUUUCCAUUUCACGGGCAAGAAACCCUUUUUAUCUUCCUUUUGUAGUUAAAAACAAACAAGAAGAAACUUCAAACCGAGCAACAGUAUUUUCUUGAAACUUUGUUAUUUCACAAGUGAGCAAAGCAAGGUUUUUGAUUUCAAGCAAAAGAGGCAAGAACAGCCAGAUAAAAAGAAUAGAGGUGAAAAGGUCAUAAGAGAAGCUUUAGUUUUUAAUGACCUUAAUUUCAUUUUUUGGUGAGAGUGGUGGUUUUGAACUUGGAAAUGCUGGAUCUUUUUGUUUUGCAGUUGGAAUAGAUCCUGGAGUUCUUGAUGUCCUCAAGUUGUUUUUGGCAUUUGUGGAAGAAUAGUAAUCAUUUGGUGGUUACUAUUUCUCAAUUCAGUGAGCACUCUCUAAAGCCUAUUCCUGUAAGCUACCACAUCA